AUGGAGACCGAAGGCUAUCGUGACCUCCUGGAGACCAGCGAUGGUCAGGGGGUAGGAGUGCUGGAUGGAGGGGGUGAGGUGGGGGUGGAAGAGGGCUGGAGCACACCCUACCCUCUGGGUUUCCAGGUGUCUUUGACCACUGUGCUGAUACUGGAGCUGGUGCUGGGCUUCAGCAGUAACCUGACUGUACUUGUGCUGUACUGUGCUCAGUCCAAUCUGGUGGAUUCAGUCAGCAACCUGGUCACAGUCAACCUCCACGUGCUCGACAUACUGGUCUGCGUGCUGUGUUUGCCGCUGACUGUGGCCGUGAUCCUGCUACCAGCGAAUGGAAGCGGAGUCGGCAGCCUGGCCACGCUGUGCUGCUUUCAUGAAGCUUGUGUCACAUUCACCAGCGUGGCCACAGCGGUCAACGUGCUGGUGAUCAGUUUGGACCGAUACGACAUCUCAGUGCGCCCAGCCAGUCGUCUGCUGACCCCCAGGCGUGCAGCGCUGCUCCUGGCAGCAGUGUGGGCUGUGUCUCUGGCUGUCUUCUUCCUGCCCUUCCUUGAGGGGGACUUCUUCUCUUCGAGGGCUGAGGACAGUGAGGAUGAGGAGCUGGAGGGGCAGAACCUUGACUCUGAGCUCACCACUGGACUGACCACCAUUUUUUCCUCCCUCUCUCCAUCCUCUUUACCCACAACACAUCCUUCCUCCCCUUCACACCACCUGCCUCCAGUAUGGCAGAACAGGACACUGCUGUGUGUAGGAGGGCAGGGGUACUACACAGGCCUGGCUAUGUAUUACCACUUGUUACUCCAAGUGCCAUGCUUCUUCAUCGCUGUGGCCGUCAUGUUGUUCACCUACUCCAGGAUCCUGCAGGCCCUCAACAUUCGCAUUGGCUCGCACAUGAUGAGGGGUACACGAGCAAAGGACUCCACCUGCAGGAUACGCUGCAGGAGGCAGAAGAGGAAGGACCUGAGCCUGCCCACAGAGGUAGUGUCCUCCAACCAGAACCAGAACCUCAACCAUCCUCCUCUUAUCCCCUCCCCAACCCCUACACCAACAUCACCCCCACCACUCUCCUCCAUGCCCCAGGGAAUGUCUGACAGUGGAGCAACAGUCACUACUGUGAGUACUGCUGCCACCACCCCCAUUGCCACCACCCCGGCCACCCCUGCUUCUCCAACCCCAGCUUCGGCCUCAACCCAGACCCACGCCACCUCACCGCUGCCUGCCUCCUCCAUGGGCGUGCAGGCAUCAGUUUCUGCCAUUAUCGCCUUGAGGCGGGCGGUGCGCAGGCACAGGGACCGUCGAGAACGUCAACGCCGGGUCCUAAAAAUGUCCCUAAUUAUCAUAUCCACCUUCCUGGGUUGCUGGGCCCCUCUGUCCGCAGUCAACGUUCUGAUCCUGUGUCUGGGUCCCAGCGACAGCCUGGUGCGGCUGCGCCUCUGCUUCUUGGCCAUGGCUUAUGGAACCACUAUUUUUCAUCCUCUGCUCUACGCUUUCACCAGGCAGAAGCUGCGGCGUGCCCUCAAAACACGUGUGAAGAAAAGGGUUGUGUCCCUUCUGCAGGUGGACCCAGCUCCCAGUGGGGGGACAGUUAUUCAUAACUCCUGGGUGGAGGGGGGCGGCCAGAGGAAGACUCGCAAGCCACGGGUGGAGGCCAGUGAUGGCACUGAUCGAUGCCUCACAGAGGCUGUGAGGGAAUGA